GAAAAAAUCUAAACCGAUGCCCGGUGAACUCCAAUAUUGCAUGGAUAAAUGUAGAAAAUGUAAAUGGAGCGAAUAUGGCGAAGAGAAAAUUGACUCAUGUUCUGCAAGUUGUGGGGGUGGCAUAACAACAUUGACACGUAAAAGGACUAAGAUAUAUGGCUAUGCAGAGACUGUGGACACAUAUUGCUAUGGUUCGGACACUGUUGUUGUGAGAACCCGAUUGUGUAAUAUUCAGCCAUGUUGGGAGCCUCCACCGCCUCCACCUCCUCCAACUACCCCGCCUCCCAUUAUAGGGAAAAAAUGUAGAUGGAGCGAAUA